GUUUUAUGUUGUUUGUGUGGUACAUGGUGGACACGUCGUGUAAAAAAGUGUUGGGAUCUGUGGCAGGAAAAAAUAUUUAUUAUUUUCAUUUAUAUCGUUUUUCAAAUAUUUUGUAUAGUUGGUUGAGUUUGGUUGGAUAGUGUUUUGGUAAUGAUAUAUACGCAAGUGUGGUUACUUGUUUCUUUAAGAUUUUUUUGAGUUUUUGUUUGAACGUGUGUAACAAAACGACAUUAUGCAUUCUGUGUUGACAAGAGGGAAUGCAAUUCUGGCCUAUACGUUAAGUGUUCUAGCUGCAUUGACUUUUUUCUGCUUUGCAUCCACUGUUUUUAUUGAUUAUAGGACUACUGCGGCAAUGAAAACAGUUAAAGUUUUCGUCAAGAAUGUACCUGACUACAGUGCUUCCCGCGAGAAGAACGACCUGGGUUUCAUUACGUUUGACCUUCACACUGAUCUGAACCAUCUGUUCAACUGGAAUGUCAAACAGCUGUUCCUGUACCUGACAGCAGAGUACACCACCAAGGCCAACGAACUGAACCAGGUGGUCUUGUGGGACAAGAUAAUUCUACGCGGUGAAAAUGCUGCCUUGGACUUCAAAAAUAUGAACACAAAGUAUUAUUUCUGGGAUGAUGGCAAUGGACUCAAGGACAACUCGAAUGUGACGCUGAGUCUCUCGUGGAACAUCAUCCCCAAUGCAGGGCUGCUCCCCAACAUCAUUGCGUCGGGCCAGCACUCCUUCCGGUUCCCGGCCGAGUACACCGUGUCCAGAGUCUGAUCUGUUCUGUUGAGAGACAGUUGCACAAGUCUUACAAACUGUUACGUGGUUUUAAAAGUUAUGGCAUAGUUAGAGGUUUAGAUGUAUGUUCAAGACUUACUUUUUUUUGUAUUUAUAAAUAUAAAUACUGUGGAAUUCUAUAAACGGCAGUCGUGUUGACUGAUUGUGAUCUCUCUCCUCUCAAUUUAUCUUGGUCUUGUUGAUGAAACAGUGGAGAGGUUAAGUUUUUUUUACUUACAAAAAAUUCAGAAAAUAUAAAUGUGAUUAAAGA